CUUCGACUUUGAUAUCCACUCCAGUCUGCUUUUAGUCUCUCCUCCUUCAGAAGUUCUCUCAUCCAGAAUCCAGAAGUUCGACCAGAUCUCUAGCGGAAAUGGCGAAGGAGCCGAUUCGCGUCCUAGUCACUGGUGCUGCAGGUCAAAUUGGGUAUGCUCUGGUCCCUAUGAUCGCUAGGGGUGUAAUGUUUGGUCCUGACCAGCCAGUAGUACUCCAUAUGCUCGAUAUAGAACCUGCUGCAGAGGCAUUGAAUGGAGUGAAAAUGGAAUUAGUGGACGCUGCUUUCCCUCUUCUUAAAGGUGUUGUUGCUACGACUGAUGUUGUUGAGGCAUGUACCGAUGUCAAUGUUGCUGUCAUGGUUGGUGGCUUUCCAAGAAAAGAAGGAAUGGAGAGAAAAGAUGUGAUGUCAAAAAAUGUUUCUAUCUACAAGUCCCAGGCAUCUGCUCUUGAGAAGCAUGCUGCUGCUAACUGCAAAGUCUUGGUUGUUGCUAACCCUGCAAACACCAAUGCAUUGAUUUUGAAGGAGUUUGCGCCUUCUAUCCCCAAGGAAAACAUUACUUGUCUGACAAGAUUGGAUCAUAAUAGAGCCCUAGGCCAAAUCUCAGAGAGAUUGAGUGUUCAUGUAAGUGAGGUUAAAAAUGUAAUAAUUUGGGGAAACCACUCGUCCACACAGUAUCCUGAUGUUAAUCAUGCAACCAUCAAAACACCAGCUGGUGAAAAACCUGUCCGUGAGCUUGUUGGAAAUGAUGAAUGGUUAAAUGGUGAGUUCAUCACCACUGUCCAGCAGCGUGGAGCUGCCAUUAUCAAGGCUAGAAAAUUUUCUAGUGCUCUCUCUGCUGCUAGCGCAGCUUGUGACCACAUACGUGAUUGGGUGCUGGGUACUCCAGAGGGAACUUGGGUGUCAAUGGGUGUAUACUCUGAUGGUUCUUACAAUGUCCCAGCUGGACUAAUCUAUUCCUUCCCAGUUACUUGCAAGAAUGGAGAAUGGAGCAUUGUCCAAGAUCUUCCUAUCGACGAGUUGUCAAGAAAGAAGAUGGACGCAACUGCGCAAGAGCUCGCCGAGGAGAAGGCUUUGGCAUACUCUUGCCUCUCUUAAGCCCCCCCCUCCCCCCGACCCCGAAUGCAUCUUAUUAAUGAGACCUUUAUGUUGUGAACUUCAGUUUUGAAUAAAGUGCUGACAUUGCCCUCCCCUCCUACAAAAGACUAGAGAAUGUUGGAAUUGGAACCUGUUUCCUUGUUGUAACGAGAGUUUGACUUAAAUCUGGGGCGAGAAUGAAUUUGACUCCGUGAAGGAGGAAAUUGAAGCUUAUUUGGGGAAAAGGAAGUACUCCCUCCGUUUCUAAAUAUAUCUCACAUUUGUUU